CAAAUUCCUACGUAACCGAACUUCCGGGUUUGACUGUAGAGGAGCGAACACAUCUACACCACCAGCUGAGGCACUAUGCACCCACGACUCCUGGGAGUUGUCCCGGUUUGUUAUGGCGUGCAAUCCCCUGUUGCAGCGGAGCACAGUCACAGCCGAGGUCUGUUCGAUCUGAACAUCUGAGCAGCUAGGCGCGCUCGCCAUCAGUUUUGUUAAUUUCGGUUCAGCCUAGCCCUAGGUCUCAGCUAAGCUUUACUGACUUGUCAUACAGUCAACAAGAAAAUUAUGUAUAGAUCUACAUGUACUGAUGUAGACUAAUUAUGCCUUGAAAUGAUGGUAAUCUGUCAAGUGUCAUUAUUGCAUGGUAUCAUGGUUGAUGUUUAAAACAAAUUGACUGAUGACGUGCUAAACUUGGUCCAGCUCAUUGAGUUAACUUGGAUGGAAUUUCAAGAUUGUUGGGUUUGCCUUGGCCUUGGUCUUGUCUUCCAAAUGUCUGAGACGGAUUUUCCUUUUUUCAGGUAAACUCAACAGGGCAAAUGAGAAAUAUUCUUGCCUCUAUUCAAUCUAAGUUAGAUUGUGAGAACAAAAACAGUCACCACCAACAUUAAUUUAUUUUUUUUGUCCCAUCGAGAACUUAGUAACACAAAUUUAUUUUAAGGAUAUUGUGACCAAGAACAAGAUUCAUGCCUACAUCAAGUAACUCUUGUAAUGAGAAUGUACUUUUUGACUCCAGACUUGUGAUGAUUAAGAUUGAUCGCCUGAAAUAAUUUGCAUCAAAGGCUGGACACAUCGCCACCUUAUCGUGGAAAUAUUUCAUCAACGGUUUAGAACUUCGGCUAAAUAUAGGUCCAGAUUCAGCUGAGCCAAAGUCAUUAGUCACUGGAUUUAUUUGGUCGUCAUUUAUUCUUUGUGUGUAACAAGGACUCACUAGACUGGAUCCUGGAUUUGAAAUAUUGGACUUGUGGAUAAUUUACAAUGGAUUUAACAAAACUCAUGGAAGCGAUAAGAAAUCGGGCGGCCUCUGACGGGAAUAUUGUUUACGAGAACAAUCGCAGCAACGCAAGGCUCUCGACGACAUCUAUCUCCAUCUAUUGUUGAAUUUUGAACUUUGACCCCACAGUAGGGGAAUCCCCUGCUCUUCUCCAGGUUAUCAUGGCCGAGGUCAAGGAUAGAAGUAGGUCGCGGUGGACCUUCAGGUCAUGGCGAAAGUCUAUGAGGAAGAAAAACAAGAACAAAGAGCAACAACCUUCAACUGCUUGUGAUGACAGUCAGAUAAUGUACAGUGCAGAGACUACGAAGGAUGAAGAUGGAAAGACCAGCGAAAAGAUCACAGUGACGGCGUCCCCCGCUGACAAGAAGUCCAAGAAGAUGUCCUUAUCAAAGCUGUUUAGACCCUGGAAAUGGAGAAAGAAGAGGAAGUCUGGAGAUGAUGGGAAACAAACAGAUGUGAACGAAACAGAAAAGCACAUAGUUCCUGGAGAAAACGGAGGAGCAGAAAGACUCCAAGGCGACGGAGGUGGUGACGAUGCAUCCAAUCCCGGUGUCACUCAGGCUGAAAUUAACAACGACGUAGCGCCAGACCCAACCAAGACCGGUGGCCAACCUGUCGCCACGGUAACCGCAUCUGGUGAUGGAGACACCGGAGCCGCUGGUACCCCUUCCAAGUUCAAAGGUGCUAUGGUGUUACCCGGUGUGCAUCCAAAAGGAAAGAGUUCACCAUCGUUACCAACAAAGAAAGGCAAACCAAUGUUUAAAACGCCAGAUUUUAAAGCCAAAGGAACACCGCCUGCUGUACGAGGCAAAGGAGCUAAAAACUCACCAGCCGUCGCUCCAAAGAAGCUCAACUUUGACACAGGAGCAGAAAGCAUUCCUUCCCAGUGUAAUGGUGACAUAUCACAUGAUAGUAGCUCAACUAGCGACUAUGAUAAUAACGCCAGGCAGGAUGAUGAUGAUAGUGAUAUCGAGGAGGAGUACUGCACUUCUCUUGCAGCCAAGGUUAAGAGGAAUAACUCACUUGCCAUCAAGCUAGAAAACAGACCGAGUCGAAAGCAUCUAGAAGAGAGGAACAUCAUCCCAAGAAAAUCGGACGAUGAUAAGAAGAUAGACAAGGAUAAGAUUGGUGCCGCGCUAGUACGGAGACUAAGUCAGAGACCAACACAAGAAGAGCUUGAACAAAGAAAUAUUUACAGAGAACAAUCACAAAUUGAUGCAGCCAAAGCCGAGAGGGAGGAGAAGAAGAGGACACUCACAAGAAAGUUGAGCUUACGACCAACGGUAGAUGAGCUUAGGAAACGUAACAUCAUCAACUUCAACGAGUACGUGGAAGUGAUAGAAGCAGUAGAUUACGAUAGGAAAGCAGAUAAGCCAUGGACGAGGUUAACGCCGCAAGACAAGGCUUACAUUCGCAAGGAGCUGAACGACUUCAAGAGUACUGAGAUGAACGUACAUGAAGAUAGUAAAAAAUUCACCAGGUUUCAUAGACCUUAGCCCCUUGAUCAAGAACAGACACGUGCAUGUAUGUGUGUCAUUGAACUGUACAAGGUAUGACACCAUUCAUGAUUGAACCAUACUGUCAUGCCUCAGGGCUAUAGUACAGGAUCUGUGAUUGGUCCAGUAAGCAUCCUUGGGCUUUAGUACACGACGUGUGAUUGGUCCAGUGUGGGAGCAGCAGUCGCAACU